AUGAAUAAUGGGAUUAGGGCAUUAUACUUGUUUAAUUCAUCCGCAACUGGCUCGAAUUUGAUAUACACCAAAAUAUUUCUUAACAUCGAAGUUUGUGCUAGGAGUUUGCAAAAUGUAGAUUAUGUAAACAUACUGAAAUUAAAAAAUGUAGAAUACCUAAUAAAAAGCCAAAUUGUUGAUAAAGAAAAUGAUGAGAUAUGGGAAUAUGAUAAUUUUCUUGAUUUAAAUAAAACAAUAAGUUGUCACAAAAUUCAUAUUAAAAAUAAAAUAUUAUAUCCAUUUUUACUAAAAAAAAAAGGAAAAUUUAUAGUUGUUAUUUUAUUAUUAAUUGAUCAUACAAAUAAUAAGACAACUAAUAUAUGUGUAAUAAAAAAUAAUAGUAUAAAAUUAUUUUAUUACAAUUUUAUAAAUGAUUUAUUAAAUUAUAUUAAAAAUAUAACAAUAAAAUAUGAUCAACAUUUUUAUAAAAAUAAUAAUUAUAUUAUACAUAAAUUAAAAAACAAGUUAGAUUAUUAUAUAGCAAAUAUAAUACCAUAUGGUCGGGUUGUAAAUUUAAAUAAUUUUUUUAAUUACAUGAAAACUGAUAUGUAUAAAUCUGAAGAUAUUUUAGACAAUAAUAUGUCCAUAUUUUAUGAUUAUUUAUAUUUAACAAAUAAUAAAAAUUUAAUAAUUAAUGAAAAUAAAUUAAAUGAUAUAAAAAAUUAUUUUAUUAGAAAAGAUACUAACAAUAUUUAUGGAAAAAAAAAUAUAAAAAUAGACAACCCACGCUCUACUAAUUUUGUUCCUAACCUUAGGGAUAUUACACAGUAUGUCUAUACCUCAACAAAUUUACAAGAUAAAACUAGUAAAGAAGAAAUAGUUGAUAUUGACAAACCAAAUAGUGAACAGUCUCAUAACCUAUUAAGUAAAAUAUCAAACAAUGUAUUAUAUAUAAAUACUAAACCCCCUUUUGUUAAUUAUAAAAAUGUAAUGCUUAUAGAUGAAGAAACAAAAUAUAAUUUUUUUAAGUUACUACAAAAUUUUUUUAACAUUAUUAAUAAAAAAAACAAUUUAACUGAUAAAAAUAGACCCAAUCAUUUUUAUUCAUUAUAUCUUUUUUUCUUUUAUAAUUAUUCUAUAUAUUUUGAAAAAAAUAAAAAAAUAUUAAUAAAUAAAUUAGAAGCACAUGAACAUUCCAAAAAUAAUAAAGAAAAUAUUCAAAUCUAUACCCCUAUAUAUCUAUAUGAAAAAAAUGCACACACUACUCCAUUCAUAACAAUAAAGGAAGAAAUAACCUGCUUUAUAACAACCUCUCAAAAUAAUGACACAAAAAUAAAGGGAGAGAUCAUAUUAAAACAUGAGGAGGAAAAAUUCUUGGACAUAAAUAUGGUAGUCGAGCUAAAUAGUGAAGAUUGCGAUAUAUAUGCUGCCAAUUUUGCAAUCCUUGAAAAAAGGGGGAAAAGUCUAAAGAUACAAUAUCCGUGCAAACAUCCAACCAGCAACAUAAUUACUUAUUAUUAUAAAAAUUUGCCAAGCUCAUAUAAAACUAAACUAUUAAAUGAAAAAAAUUUAGAAAUAAAUAUAACACUACAAAGGAAUAACCAUUGGGCAUAUUCCCAAAUGAAACAAAAGGGAGAUGAAUAUUUAUUUUUUAGACUCCCCUUUCCUUUUGAUAUUAUUGAUCAUACUUUAAAAUGCAAUUUCGGGAAAAUCCACUUUGAUAAUAAAAAAGAAAUAAAAUGGAUAUUUCCUAACUUUGCAAGAGAGUCUCCAGCAGUGCUAAACGGAACGAUACAAGCUAGCUAUACAGAAAAAAUGUUAAAACAGCUAGCUGGAGAAAUUCAUAUUUUUUUUAAAUCAAAUUAUUCUAAAACAAAAAUUGUACAUGCGAAUACACAAUUUUCAGCUGAUUAUAUUCUUCAAUCGAAAAAUUUAAUUAUGUUAAGUUCUUAA